AUGGGGGUCACACGCAGCGGGCUCAACGUGGAUGAAGAACAGAUGAUGCCUGGUGAAACCCUUGAUUCGUGGUUAAUUGAUCUCCGCAGUCUGGUUAAAACCUGCGGCUAUGGAACGGGUGUUGAUUCGGUCUUACGAGUUCAGAUAGUGUUAGGUGUGGCUGAUCCCCUGGUCCGUGAGAAACUGUUGUUCGAAAAAAAUUUGUUGUUGGAAGCCUCGUGUGAAAUGAUGCUGCUCACGCCAUUCAGAGUCGGCGCGUUAAUAGGAGGUUUGCGAGAAUUGUCUCAGUUAAUAUCCAGAGCCCUGCCUGAUCAUCAGCCGGUGACAAAUCAACAUUCAACCCCACCGACCAAUACAGUAGAUGACCAGCAGCAUUUCAGAUGCAACAAGUGCAGUCGUCACCAUAGAAAAAAUCAGUUUCGUGUUUCGAAUGUCCGGUGUUUUACUUGCGGUGUCAUCGGCCAUGUGUCUAGUUGUUGUCCUAGCUCCUCAAACAUCCGCCAGGUGUCGUCAAGUCAAGCGCCAAACUCCAUGGCAAAAGUUCAUGUUGUUGAGGGUGAGAUGCAAUGGGUCGGUGACGUCGAGAGUGGCGGUACGGUGAUGACUCUCCCGCUGUCAGUUGAAGAAGAUUAUUACGUCUCGCAUGCGCUAACGACGUCUAGCAGUGGUUCCGAGUGGUGCCAGCAGGUGCCAGUAGAUGGCGAUAGUGUUGACGUCAAGCUUGAUUCUGGAGCUACCUGUAACAUACUACCGUAUGAGACGUUUGCUCUGCUGCCCCAAACGUGCCGCCGUCUUUGCCCUGGGCCUAUUGUUAUCAGCUAUCGCGCACAAGAUGGCCUCAUACGAGUGCUGGGGUUGCACACAGCCAAAGUGGUUCAUAGAGGCGCUGUGUUCAUUAUUGACUUCGUAGUGGUUGAUGAGUCUGGUCAGCCACCCCUUCUUGGGCUCCCAUCUUGCGAGAAGCUGAACCUUAUUCGGCGAGUUGACGCUGUACAGUCGCCAGUUAAAACUCUGUGGCCGCCAAUCGUCAUGGAGUUCAUGGACGUCUUCAUGGGAUUGGGUAAAUUGCCUGUAGAAAAUGACAUUCGGUUACUGUCAGGUGCUAAUCGUGUGGAUCCUGUUGUGUAUGCAGCCAGCCGACUUCCGUUCCGGCUGGAGGAUCGCGUCUUUAAGAAGUUGGACGAAAUGGUCAAGGAAAACAUCCUCGCACCUGUGCAAGAGCCAACUGAGUGGGUCAGCCGCAUGAUGGUGGUCGGAAAGCCUGACGGUGAUGUCCGAAUUGGUCUGGACCCGUUUGAACUGAAUAAAGCCAUUCAACGCCAACAUUUUGCCGUUCCCACCAUUGAGCAGCUCUUCAGCAAGCUGGGUAAAGCCCGAUAUUUUUGUAGCCUUGAUGCUGCAUCUGGUUUUUACCAGAUUCCUUUGUCUAAUACAGCGUCCUAUCUGUGUACGAUGGCAAUUCCAAAAGGCUACUAUCGCUUCCUCAGACUGCCAUUCGGGUUAAAAUCGGCUUCUGAAAUUUAUCUUCAGACGAUGAAUGACUUGUUUGGGGAAAUGCCCGUCGUGCUCAUCUACUUUGAUGAUUUCCUUGUUACGGGGUUGCCCUCUCAAAUCCUAAUGAAUAGACGAUCCAAUUUCCAGUCAUUGGAAAUGACCGAGUUGUGCAAGAAGUUAGGUGUAAAAGAAUUGAAAACUACGGCCUAUCAACCACAAAGUGAUGGAGCUGUAUAA